CUUCAUUGCCAUGGUGACUAAAGGAAAAAGGAAGUUAGCUAGCAGUGUACGUAUGGCACGUAUGGCUGUCAUUAAGUAGAUACAUAAGUAGUGAAAUAAACGUCAACGUCACGACAUCAUCAACAACAACAACAUGAAGCUCUACAGCAUUGGGGUGCUCUGUAAAGGAGCAACGAGGACCAACCUCUUAAAAGCUGCAUAUGAUUUGUCAUCAUUUAGUUUCUUUCAAAGAUCAAGUGUACAAGAGUUCAUGGCCUUCACUUGUUCUUUGAUUGUUGAGCGCUCUGCAUGUGGCAGUCGGUCUUCAGUCAAAGAAAAAGAGUACAUGUGUCAUGCCUGUGUGCGGGAUGAUGGUCUCAGCGCUGUGGUGGUCGCUGACAGCGAGUAUCCACAGCGGGUUGCCUUCUCACUUAUAGACAAGGUGCUGGAGGAGUUCUCUAGACAAGUAGACUCCACAGAGUGGACCACAGGUUCUCCUGAUACAAUCCGUUAUGCUGCACUGGAUUCUUACCUUGCUAAGUACCAGAAUCCAAAAGAAGCUGAUGCCCUUACAAGAGCACAGGCUGAAGUUGAAGAGACCAAAGUCAUUUUGCACAACACUAUGGAGUCUCUGCUGCAGAGGGGAGAGAAGCUGGAUGACCUGGUGCAGAGGUCGGAGCACCUGGGAGACACUUCCAAAGCCUUCUACAAGACCGCACGCAAGCACAAUUCCUGCUGCAAAAUGAUGUGAGCUCAGCUCACUGCCUCCCCAAAUCUACCCUCCUACUCCACUUUCCUCUCUACCACCAGCUACCAAUGGGGAGGGCUGUCAACUUUGGGCAAGCACAAUGUUUUAAGACAAGCUUGUGUGAGGUGACUGACUGUAGGAGAGGUUAAACACUUUUAAGUUAUUUAUCUAAGGAUGUAUUGAGUGCUAUGAUUGGUCUCGUCUUCUGAGUUGGAAGGGGUGAGGGUUGUUGUAUACUGCUAAUUCGUGGGAUUAACUGGAACUUUUCUGUAUUGUUUGUUGUAUCAUUGUGUCAGUUCCUCAGCUGUUUAAAGUGCCCAAAUGGAACUCCUGCCUAUCAUUAAGUGGGUAAUAUCAAUCCUUCCCCCCCUACAAGCUUAAAUAUGACCUUGAUUCCUUCUAUGGAUGGAGUUUAUCAGACCAUGGUCUAAUAAUUGAAUGUUGACUGAGGAUAGAUUAAUCUCCUUCAACCCACACACAUGCUUAUUAUGGCUAGGAUAUACUCGCUGUUAGACCAAGAGUAUGUGUAUGGGACCUGCUGCGUCCGGUCUACAUACUUGAUGCAGCACUACGCAGCCAAAGCGCAUGAUAGCACCCAAGAUUACAUCUUGCGAACGGGUCACGUUUCCUGGCAUCAAUAUGCACGGCCGAACAAACGCUGAAUACGCAUGGUGGCCCUGAUGCGAACACAUGCAUGGUUAGCAGCAAGUAUAAUCAGCCCUAAAAUGGUGUCUGCGGAGGUCUUUGACUCUUGUGGUCGUGGUUAGUGUUUACUAUCGCCUGUCUUCCGGACGGCUUAAGUGGCUUAUUUCAGGUGACUUGCGUUGUGAUGGUGUGACGCGUUUGCAAUACUAACCCAUCUUACCCAUCUUUUGGUUUUGUUGUUCUCUUUCAUCUCCAAUAAUGACCUAUUUAAUUGUCUGCUGUAGAUUUUAUUGUUCAGGUGUAGUGGAUUUUUGUGUGUAUGUGUGCGUGCGUGUGUGGGUACCUUAUGUUUUCCAGUGUUCUUUGGUCACAAUGCUGUUACAUAAUACAGAUGAGAUAUGUCACGUCGUACUUUGAGGAAUGUAGGGUGAUGUUGGUUGUGAACUAUUUUCCAUCAGGCUUGUGUAUUGUUUUUGAAUAUCUAGAAUAUACUUUCCCAGGAUAGACCUGAAACUCACUAAUUGAAUGUUCAUUGCAAAGGUGACGUAAUGUACAACCAAUCAUUAACUUUUUUGCAAUCACGGGUCCACAGAUCCUGUCCAGCUGUUAGUCUCUUUUGAGUCGUGGUGGUUCUCUGUGGUGACUGGUCAACUGUGCCUUAAUGAAAUGCAAUCCAUCAAAUGGCCUCAGCCAGAAUUGCUGACCUUGCAACACUGAGAUGUUGCUAUCAGUUGUUAUUACGCUACAUAAACAUUCUGACAUGGAAUUCUCUCACGCCUCACGCUGGAUGCCGUACUCUCUGGAGUAAAGUCAUCACUCGUGAGAUGGAGCUUUUUUUACUUCACAACAGCAGAAUGAACAAACUUCUCUCUUGAGACAAGUAGCAGAUUUUAAAAAAAUACAUUCCAGCAGUUGGUGUAGAUUAGCUUUUAUAAUGGGUGAUGAUGAAAAAUUGUCCUGCUUUUCCUAUGGUGACUUUGAUGACUGUAUUGUGUUAUUUUGCCUUCAUGCCUUCAAUAAAUGUGAACAAGUC